UUUACAUACAAAUCAGAUCUUGUUAAACAUCAGAGAAGUCACACAGGUGAAAAACCAUUUUCCUGUUCUGUGUGUGGGAAAUGUUUUGCACAGAGAUCAAAUAUGAUUAUGCAUCAGAGAAGUCACACAGGUGAGAAACCAUUUUCAUGUUCCGAGUGUGGGAAAUGUUUUUUAAGUAAAGCACUUCUUGUUAAACAUCAGAGAAGUCACACAGGUGAAAAACCAUUUUCCUGUUCUGAGUGUGGGAAAUGUUUUGCACAGAGAUCAAAUAUGAUUACGCAUCAGAGAAGUCACACAGGUGAAAAACCAUUUUCAUGUUCCGAGUGUGGGAAAUGUUUUUUAAGUAAAGCACUUCUUGUUAAACAUCAGAGAAGUCACACAGGUGAAAAACCAUUUUCCUGUUCUGAAUGUGGGAAAUGUUUUGCACAGAGAUCAAAUAUGAUUACGCAUCAGAGAAGUCACACAGGUGAGAAACCAUUUUCAUGUUCCGAGUGUGGGAAAUGUUUUUUAAGUAAAGCACUUCUUGUUACACAUCAGAGAAGUCACACAGAUGAAAAACCAUUUUCCUGUUCUGAAUGUGGGAAAUGUUUUGCACUGAGAUCAAAUAUGAUUACGCAUCAGAGAAGUCACACAGGUGAGAAACCAUUUCCAUGUUCUGAGUGUGGGAAAUGUUUUUUCCAGAAGUCAAAUCUUGUUAUACAUCAGAGAAGUCACACAGGUGAAAAAACAUUUUCCUGUUCUGAGUGUGGGAAAUGUUUUGCACUGAGAUCAAAUAUGAUUACGCAUCAGAGAAGUCACACAGGUGAGAAACCAUUUCCAUGUUCUGAGUGUGGGAAAUGUUUUUUCCAGAAAUCAAAUCUUGUUAUACAUCAGAGAAGUCACACAGGUGAGAAGCCAUUUUCAUGUUCCGAGUGUGGGAAAUGUUUUGCACUGAGAUCAAAUAUGAUUACGCAUCAGAGAAGUCACACAGGUGAGAAACCAUUUCCAUGUUCUGAGUGUGGGAAAUGUUUUUUAAUUAAAGCAUAUCUAGUUACACAUCAGAGAAGUCACACAGGUCAGAAGCCAUUUUCCUGUUCUGAGUGUGGGAAAUGUUUUGCACAGAGAUCAAAUAUGAUUAAGCAUCAGAGAAGUCACACUGGUCAGAAGCCAUUUUCCUGUUCUGAGUGUGGGAAAUGUUCUGUCCUAUCUCCUAUACUUCUUGCAAUCUGCAUGCUACCACUGGGUGAAAUAAUCAGACGUCAUGACCUGGCCUACCACUGCUAUGCAGAUGACUUGUCUUCUGCUCCAUACUACUGCAAUGUCAUCUACCUGGGUCUCCCAGCAAAAGAAUUACACCGCUUGCAGAUGGUACAGAAUGCAGAAACCAGUCUGUUACCUAACCAGCCCAUUCCUGCCACAUAA